AUGCUUAGCCAUAUACCUGUGUUUUUGGGGAUUUUUCUUAUCUUGGGGCAUGCAUCCCUUGCUGAUGUCUUACCACCAGUCGGAAAAAAAGAGACUGACUUCAAAGAGGACUUUGAAAUCAUCACCCAGACAAAUUUUGAACAGUUGCGGACAGUGAGUGACAGAUUCAAAUUCGUUGGCCGGAGCUGUAAAGAAAUCCUGGAUAAAUAUGGUGAAAGAGAAGAUGGGAUAUACUACCUGACCACUAAUAAUGGGAUGAAGUAUCAGACUUUCUGUGACAUGAACACUGCUGGAGGUGGCUGGACUCUGGUGGCCAGUGUUCAUGAAAACAGCAUUUUUGGAAGAUGUAGUGUGGGGGAUCGAUGGUCGAGUCAGCAGGGAAACAAUCCAAACCUGCCAGAUGGUGAUGGAAACUGGUCCAACAGAAACACCUUUGGUCUAGUAGAGAGCGCCACGUCUGAUGAUUACAAGAAUCCAGGAUAUUAUGACAUUGUUGCACAAGACAUGUCUGUGUGGCACGUUCCCAACAACUCCCCAAUGGAGCACUGGAACCUGGCAGCCAUUCUCCGCUACCACACCGAAAGCAACUUCCUAAGUCUUUAUGGGGGAAAUCUCUUUAACUUGUUCAAGCACUUUCCAGUAAGGUACAACAUUGGCUCCUGCUCCGAUAGAGGACCAGCAGUUCCCAUUGUGUAUGACCAUGGAGACAGGGAGUCCACUAGAUCUUUAUAUGGACCAGGUGUUAGAAAUCAUUUUGAUCCAGGCUUCAUCACUUUUAGAGCCAUAAACUAUGAAAGAGCAGCCAUGGCGAUCUGCUCUGGGGUCAAACCCAUUGUGUGCCACUGUGAACAUUAUUGCAUAGGAGGAGGAGGGUAUUUCCCUGAAUCCCUCAGACAGUGUGGAGAUUUUACAGGAUUUGACUGGAGUGGAGUUGGAACACAUCAAGGCAACAGCGCCUCUAAGGAAAUGACUGAGUCUGCUGUCCUGCUGUUCUACCGCUAA